AACUACGAUAUGAAAACGCAGGAGGCAGAUCAGAAGUCUCGAGAGAACGAACAGCUUGGUGUAAGUUCCAUUCCCUGCAGUGGACAUUUUACGGAAUCUUGUCGCUUGGUGCUCUUAAUUGCAAGAGGAGCUUUUCAGGAUGAACUGUCCAAGAAAAAUGUGAAGAUUGUGGAAUUAACUGCGGAACUGGAGACGUUACGUGAGAGUUGCGUUGCGCAGAAGAAGCGUAUCACUGAUGCUAUGCAAACGAUGCUGAGGGAUUUAUCUGAAGUUGGCAGCAAUUAUGCAAAUGCAGCUAAGUUUAAUAUGGAAAACGGAACAGAUAAGCCGUACGAUGAGGAACUGUUUGCGCAUGCGCGAAUCUGUAUUUCGAAGUUGAGUGCAGACUUCAAAUCCACACUUCAGAAAGUUUCGAACUUGGAGUCCGGUUCCGGUGAUGUGGCGCAGAGAUUGGAAGCCACCGAGAAAGACUUGGCUGAUUGCCGAUUGCAACUGCAGCAGAACGAGGCGAAG